AUGGUCGUUGCCGUCUUGGGGUAUGGCAGCAGUCGUGGCAGUAGCAGUAGCCUGCCGCACGAGAAGCCCCCGUGCGCGCCUCACUCCCCUCACUCUACUCUCGCGCCUCUCGCGCGUCUCGCGCAUGACGCGCAUCACUCCAUUCACGCGCUUCAACGCGUCUCGCGUCGCCUUCUGCAAGAAUCGCCCGCCUCGCCCUCUGGCAAGUCCCUUCCGCCGUGCAUGCUCCCUUUCCUCCCCUCCCCGCGCAUGCGCGCUGCCCCCUCCCCCGUGAAUGUCUAUCCCCCUUGUAUCCCGCCCUCCCAUUUACCUCUUUCUUCCCUCUCGUCCCGCCUCCUUCUCCUCCCCUCCCGCGCCCCUGCGCGCCCCACACUGUCAGGUGGCUGGAGCAGCCGUCUGCAGACGCACCCUCUUCUCAUAUCGUUCCUCGCCACGCUCCUUUGUGCUGCAAUCAUCCUCGUUAUAGCCAGCAUCGGUUUCUGCAUGUGCUGCCGACAAGCGAGGAGGGCAGAGAGCAGCUUCGACGAGGUGUUUCUAGCAAACUACAUCGCGCGCUCCACCCACCACUACGACCCCCUGCUCAAGCCUCUGGGGCAGCCGGGCGGCAGCGGGCGGCUGAGGCAAGUGGGGGAGAGCAUGAGGCAAUGGGCGCAGAUUCUGUGGCGGAAGAGAGGCGCGCAGGAGCAGGGGGGAGGUGGGGGGGGAGCGGGCCGCGGCAUUGGUGGGGGGUCUGGGCGAGGUGAGGGGGAAGGUGAGAGUUCUGGGCGAGCAGAGGGUGAGGCGUUACGGCAAGCAGGGACGCAAGGCAGAGCAGAAGGGACUGCAGGUGGAGAGGAGGACGGGGACGAAAGGGGGGAGAAAGGGAAGGCGGGUGACCAAUCUGCUGCUCCUUCUAAUUGUCGAGUGGAGGUAGGAGGAGAGCGGGUGGGGAAGGAAGGGAAGGGCGGAAAGGACGCACAGUCCCCACAACCACUGGCCUUCUCUCAGCGUCUAGACAUAGCCACAGCCAUUGCAGAGGCGCUGUGCCAUCUGCACACGGUGGCCCAGCCCCCCUUGGUGCACCGCCGCCUCUGCUCCUCCUCGGUCUUCCUUGAAGUGCUGCCCGUGGUGAGUGUGUCUACGUGGGAGCGCAUGUGGCCAUCCCCCCGCACGGACAUCUAUGAGUGCCGUGCAUGCGUUCAGCCGUUCUUUAACUCCAUCUACCUGCCGUCACUCUCUCACACCCCCACACCGCUCACCACUCCUGUCUCACCCCGCUCCUCUCACGCCUCCCCUCUCGGCCUCACCCAUCCAGCCUGGGCAUUAUCAUGCUAG